AAAGCCCAGAAGAGCCCACUUCACAAUUCACCAUAUAUAACCGAAGCAAUAAAAUACUUGUUCACUCCUUCAUACAGAGCUAUAGAUACAAGCACAUAUACAUACAUCUUCGUCGCUGCGAAUUGUGAGUUGCUUUGCGACCUCGGACGAUUAUAAGCGAUUGAGUGAAUCUUCCAACUAUUACACAGUGUUUUCCUAUCUGCCAUCUGUUUUUGCGUUGAGCUGCGAGUAUGAGUGGUACUCCAAAUAAGAAGUUGCAUGAGGAUGUUGGAGGUCAUCCCUCCACAUUGAAAUAUCCACAUGAGACUAAAUACUCUCAUGAAGAGUCUGCUUCUUACCCAAGUGCUGGCUCCAAGAUCACUUCAUCAGUUAUGAGCGAGUACCAUUCAUUAUUUGACAUGGGUCAUGAUGCUCGGGCGCCAAAGAUUCCGCGAACUGAAUCACGUGAUGCAGACAGGUCGCCUUUACUGCCAAUAUCUCGAAUCUCAUCAUCUUCGCAUGUUUCACGUUCUGAUCAUCCUGUUACCUCAGAGAAUAAAUUUGAGAAGAGAGAAUCCAAAGAUAGCAGUAGGGACAUUAAGCAUGACAAUCGGGGAGUGAGAACAGAAUCACGGGAAGGAUAUCAAACUGCUAAAGUUGAUAAGGACGUCAGAUUUGAAAGUAGAGGAGAUGAUAAUAAAGAAAGUAAAUACGAGAGAGAAAUUUAUCCUGAUUAUAAAAGUGAGAUAAAAACAGACAAGGAAGCAUACAAUACAGGAAACAGUCAAUUGAAUUGGAAAGAUUCAAAAGAACAAUACAGGGGAAAGAGGUAUUCUGAUAUCCCUGGUGGGAAUGUAGAUACAUGGCAUGCCUCUCGAACUGGUGUGCACGGGCCACCAGAGGUUGGAAAGGAGGGCUCCACUACAGAAGAGAGGGAUCGUUCUGAAGCUAACGAGGCUGUUGGCGAGAACAAGGUUGAUUUGAAGGCAGAUGAUAAGUUCAAAGAUAAAGAUAGGAAAAGGAAGGAAGGAAAGCACCGUGAAUCAGGAGAUAGGGAUAAAGAAAGAAGCGAUUCCCGUAGUAACUUACAACUAGGUAACAUUAGUAAUGAGGGCAAAGAAUCAGUACGGGAGGAGAAAGAAGCGGAUAAGUUUGAUAGGGAGAGAAAGGAUCUUCCUAAAGAUAAGGAUAAGUUUAAGGAGAGAGAAAAAGAUCAUACAAAGAGAGACACAUGGAAUGGAGCUGAUAGAGAGAUUCCACAAAAGGAAAUGUCGGAUGUCUCUCGCAGGGUUUUGGAUCAGGAUAUUUCAUCAGGAGACCAUAAGAAACAGAAAGAUCAUCAUGGCUGGAAGCAAACUGAGAGCGGGAAAGGUUUGGACAAGGAAGCUAAAGGCUUGAAAAAAGAAAAAGAUGUUGACAUGGAAGGAGACCAAGCUGAAAAGAGCAGCAGAUGCUAUGAUAAAGACUCAGAUGAUGGGUUUGUGGAUGCAGAAGGUGUUGCUGAAAGGGAAAGAGAUGCGUUCAGCUAUGGAGUUCAGCAGCGUAAGAGGAUGUUACGCCCUAGGGGCAGUCCGUUGGCAAAUCGUGAUCCUCGAUCGAAGUCUCGUGCUCAGGAGAAUGAAGGGUACUUUAUCCUUGUUUCAAAGCAUGAUGCUUCAGUUGUUACUUACAAAGUUGGUGAAUGUCUGCAAGAAUUGACAAAAUUGUGGAAGGAAUAUGAAUCCUCCCAAGCGGAUAAAUCUUCUGCAAGCCCCCCGAAUGGUCCUACACUGGAAAUCAGGAUACCCGCUGAGCAUGUUACUGCCACAAAUCGCCAGGUUAGAGGUGGCCAGUUAUGGGGAACUGAUAUAUACACUGAUGACUCUGAUCUUGUUGCGGUACUUAUGCACACGGGCUACUGUCGCCCAUCUGCCUCUCCUCCCCCAUCUGCUAUUCAAGAGUUACGAGCUGUGAUUAGAAUCUUGCCUCCACAAGCUUGUUACAUUUCUACUUUGAGGAACAAUGUCCGUUCCCGUGCUUGGGGAGCUGCUAUUGGUUGCAGUUAUCGUGUGGAGCGCUGUUGGAUCGUGAAGAAAGGAGGUGGAACCAUCGAUCUCGAGCCAUGUCUUACUCAUACCUCAACAGUUGAGCCAACACUUGCGCCGGUGGUUGUGGAAAGAACAAUGACUACAAGGGCUGCAGCUUCGAAUGCAUUGAGGCAGCAGAGAUUUGUACGUGAAGUUACGAUACAGUACAACCUCUGUAACGAGCCUUGGAUCAAAUACAGUAUAAGUGCUGUUGCUGACAAGGGUCUGAAAAAGCCCUUUUUUACAUCUGCCCGCUUGAAAAUGGGAGAAGUGUUGUAUCUGGAAAGUCAUUAUUGCAGAUAUGAGCUCUGCUUUAGUGGAGAAAAGAUGGUCAAGACAGCAAUAGCGGGUCUUGCAAGCCCAGCUGAAGCGGAGAGAUCUCAAAGUCACUAUUCUAACGGCGCAAAUGGUGAGAAGAGUUCAACUGAUGGUGACAAUGGUAUAGUUGAUGUCUUUCGAUGGUCACGCUGUAAGAAGCCACUCCCCCAACCAAUGAUGUUGUCUAUAGGGAUUCCGCUCCCCCUUGAUCAUGUGGAGAUCUUGGAGGAUAAUCUGGAAUGGGAAGAUAUUGAGUGGUCGCAAACAGGAGUUUGGAUAGCUGGAAAGGAAUAUCCGCUUGCUCGGGUGCACUUUCUCUCUCCAAACAAGUAAAGAUUCAAUGCAUUGUGGCGCCGUGCCUUGUAUUCGUGAAAGAUUUCAUGCAUUCCGGCGUGCAUUCUCAAUUAAAGUCACCAACUUGUGUUAGAAGGUUUUUAUUUACUCAUAAUAAUGUAUUGUCCUACCAUGUAUGGUGGUGAUCAUGCGUUAUGAACUUGUUAGAUAUUUGGUAAGAUUGUUGUGCUGAAUCAUCUGCAGAUGUUGAUAGACAUGCGACUUUUAAGUUGAUUAAAUAAGUUCAAAAAACACAAA